CCUGACUUCAGGGGCCGUCGUAAAAGUGUCGUCCCUGGCGCGUCGGGCCGGCCACAGGUUUCCGCUAGCUGGCGGCCGGGGGUCGGGAACUGCGGGCGUUCGUUUCCCUUAAGAUGGCGGACGAAGAGAUGGACGGGGCCGAGAGGAUGGACGUCAGCCCGGAGCCUCCCCUGGCCCUUGAGCGGCCGGCAUCGUGGUGGGAUCAGCAAGUUGAUUUCUAUACUGCUUUCUUACAUCAUUUGGCACAAUUAGUGCCAGAAAUUUAUGUUGCCGAGAUGGACCCAGAUUUGGAAAAGCAAGAAGAGAAUGUACAAAUGUCAAUAUUCACUCCUUUGGAGUGGUACUUAUUUGGAGAGGAUCCGGAUAUUUGCUUAGAGAAAUUAAAGCACAGUGGAGCAUUUCAGUUGUGUGGGAAGGUUUUCAAAAGUGGAGAAACAACAUAUUCUUGUAGGGAUUGUGCAAUUGAUCCAACGUGUGUGCUCUGUAUGGACUGCUUCCAGAGUAGUGUUCAUAAAAACCAUCGUUACAAGAUGCAUACUUCUACCGGAGGAGGCUUCUGUGACUGUGGAGACACAGAAGCGUGGAAAACUGGCCCCUUUUGUAUGGAUCAUGAACCUGGAAGAGCAGGUACUACAAAAGAGACCUUGCAUUGCCCAUUGAAUGAAGAGGUAAUUGCUCAAGCCAGGAAAAUAUUUCCUUCAGUGAUAAAAUACAUUGUAGAAAUGACUAUAUGGGAAGAAGAGAAGGAAUUGCCUCCUGAACUGCAGAUAAGAGAGAAAAAUGAAAGAUACUAUUGUGUCCUUUUCAACGAUGAGCACCAUUCGUAUGACCAUGUGAUAUACAGUCUGCAAAGAGCUCUUGACUGUGAGCUUGCAGAGGCACAGUUGCACACCACUGCCAUCGACAAAGAGGGUCGCCGGGCUGUCAAAGCAGGUGUGUAUGCUGCUUGCCAGGAAGCAAAGGAGGAUAUAAAGAGUCACUCAGAAAACGUCUCUCAGCACCCCCUCCACGUGGAAGUGCUGCACUCUGUGGUUAUGGCUCACCAGAAAUUUGCUCUGCGCCUUGGCUCCUGGAUGAACAAAAUUAUGAGCUAUUCAAGUGACUUUAGGCAGAUAUUUUGCCAGGCCUGCCUCAUAGAAGAACCUGGAUCUGAAAAUCCCUGUCUUAUAAGCCGACUAAUGCUUUGGGAUGCAAAACUUUACAAAGGUGCCCGUAAGAUCCUUCAUGAAUUGAUCUUUAGUAGUUUUUUUAUGGAGAUGGAAUACAAAAAACUCUUUGCUAUGGAAUUUGUGAAGUAUUAUAAGCAACUGCAGAAAGAGUAUAUCAGUGAUGACCAUGAGAGGAGCAUCUCCAUCACUGCACUGUCCGUUCAGAUGUUCACUGUCCCGACCUUGGCCCGACAUCUUAUCGAAGAGCAGAAUGUUAUUUCUGUCAUUACUGAAACUCUGCUAGAAGUUUUACCUGAAUAUUUGGACAGGAACAAUAAAUUCAACUUCCAGGGUUAUAGCCAGGACAAACUGGGAAGAGUAUAUGCAGUAAUAUGUGACCUAAAGUACAUCCUGAUUAGCAAGCCUAUCAUAUGGACAGAAAGAUUAAGAGCACAGUUCCUGGAAGGUUUCCGGUCUUUUCUGAAGAUUCUUACCUGUAUGCAGGGAAUGGAAGAGAUCAGAAGACAAGUUGGACAACACAUUGAAGUAGACCCUGACUGGGAGGCCGCCAUCGCUAUACAGAUGCAACUAAAGAAUAUUUUACUCAUGUUCCAAGAGUGGUGUGCUUGCGAUGAAGACCUCUUACUAGUGGCCUAUAAAGAAUGUCACAAAGCUGUAAUGAGGUGCAGUACAAAUUUUAUGUCUAGUACCAAGACAGUAGUACAAUUGUGCGGUCAUAUUUUGGAAACCAAGUCCUACAAAGUGUCUGAAGACCUUGUAAGCAUACAUCUACCACUGUCUAGAACUCUUGCUGGUCUUCAUGUACGUUUAAGCAGACUAGGUGCUGUCUCAAGACUGCAUGAAUUUGUGCCUUUUGACGGCUUUCAGGUAGAGGUCCUAGUGGAGUACCCUUUGCGCUGUCUGGUGCUGGUUGCUCAGGUUGUUGCCGAGAUGUGGCGAAGAAAUGGGCUCUCUCUCAUUAGCCAGGUUUUUUAUUAUCAAGAUGUUAAAUGCAGGGAAGAAAUGUAUGAUAAAGAUAUAAUCAUGCUUCAGAUUGGAGCAUCCGUAAUGGAUCCCAACAAGUUCUUGUUACUGGUACUUCAGAGGUAUGAACUUGCUGAUGCUUUUAACAAGACCAUAUCCACAAAAGACCAGGAUUUGAUUAAACAGUAUAAUACAUUAAUAGAAGAAAUGCUUCAGGUCCUCAUCUAUAUUGUGGGAGAGCGUUAUGUACCCGGAGUGGGAAAUGUUACCAAAGAGGAGGUUAUAAUGAGAGAGAUUACUCACUUACUUUGCAUUGAGCCCAUGCCACACAGUGCCAUCGCCAGAAACCUACCUGAGAAUGAAAAUAAUGAAACUGGCUUAGAAAAUGUCAUAAACAAAGUGGCCACAUUUAAGAAACCAGGUGUGUCGGGCCAUGGAGUUUAUGAAUUGAAAGAUGAAUCACUGAAAGACUUCAAUAUGUACUUUUACCAUUAUUCUAAAACACAACAUAGCAAGGCUGAACAUAUGCAGAAGAAAAGGAGAAAACAAGAAAAUAAAGAUGAAGCAUUGCCACCACCACCUCCUCCUGAGUUCUGCCCUGCUUUCAGCAAAGUCGUCAACCUCCUUAGCUGUGAUGUUAUGAUGUGCAUCCUCAGGACCAUCUUUGAGCGGGCAGUGGACACGGAGUCUAACCUGUGGACAGAAGGGAUGCUGCAGAUGGCAUUCCAUAUAUUGGCACUGGGCUUGCUGGAGGAGAAGCAGCAGCUUCAGAAAGCUCCUGAAGAAGAAGUGACUUUUGACUUUUACCAUAAGGCUUCAAGAUUGGGAAGUUCAGCCAUGAAUGCUCAGAAUAUACAAAUGCUUUUGGAAAAACUCAAAGGAAUCCCCCAAUUAGAAGGCCAGAAGGACAUGAUAACAUGGAUACUCCAGAUGUUUGACACAGUGAAGCGAUUAAGAGAAAAAUCUUGUUUAGUUGUGGCAAGCACUUCAGGAUUGGAGUCCGUUAAAAGUGAGGAGAUUACUCAUGAUAAAGAAAAGGCAGAGCGGAAGAGAAAGGCUGAAGCUGCUAGGCUCCAUCGCCAGAAGAUCAUGGCCCAGAUGUCUGCCUUACAGAAAAACUUCAUUGAAACUCACAAACUCAUGUAUGACAAUACGUCAGAAGUUGCAGGGAAAGAAGACUCCAUUAUGGAGGAAGACAGCACCUCAGCAGUCAGUGAGUACUCUAGAAUUGCUCUGGGUCCUAAACGGGGCCCUGCUGUCACAGAAAAGGAGGUGCUGACAUGCAUCCUCUGCCAAGAAGAACAAGAGGUAAAACUAGAAAACAACGCCAUGGUAUUGUCAGCCUGUGUGCAGAAAUCUACCGCCUUAACCCAGCACAGGGGGAAGCCUGUGGACCCCUUGGGGGAAACGCUGGACCCUCUUUUCAUGGACCCAGACUUGGCCCAUGGAACUUACACAGGAAGCUGUGGUCAUGUCAUGCAUGCAGUGUGCUGGCAGAAGUACUUUGAAGCUGUACAGCUGAGCUCUCAGCAGCGCAUACACGUUGACCUGUUUGACCUGGAGAGCGGCGAGUACCUGUGCCCCCUCUGCAAGUCUCUCUGCAACACUGUCAUCCCCAUCAUUCCUCUGCAGCCACAGAAGAUCAACAGUGAGAAUGCAGAAGCUCUUGCUCAACUUUUGACCUUGGCACGGUGGAUACAGACUGUCCUUGCAAGAAUAUCAGGUUAUAAUAUGAAGCAUGCUAAAGGAGAAGCUCCAGCAGUUCCUGUCUUGUUUAAUCAAGGAAUGGGGGAUUCUACUUUUGAGUUUCAUUCCAUCCUGAGUUUUGGAGUUCAGUCUUCGGUGAAAUAUUCAAAUAGUAUCAAGGAAAUGGUCAUUCUCUUCGCCACAACAAUUUACAGAAUAGGCCUGAAAGUGCCUCCUGAUGAGCUGGACCCCCGAGUACCCAUGAUGACCUGGAGCACGUGUGCUUUCACCAUCCAGGCAAUUGAAAACCUGUUGGGAGAUGAAGGAAAACCUCUAUUUGGAGCACUUCAAAAUAGGCAGCAUAAUGGUCUGAAAGCAUUAAUGCAGUUUGCGGUUGCACAGAGAACUACCUGUCCUCAGGUCCUGAUACAGAAACAUCUGGUUCGGCUCCUGUCAGUUGUUCUUCCUAACCUACAAUCAGAAAAUACACCAUGCCUUCUAUCUGUAGAUCUAUUUCAUGUUUUGGUGGGCGCUGUCUUAGCGUUCCCAUCCUUGUAUUGGGAUGACACCGUGGAUCUUCAGCCUUCAUUACUUAGCUCUUCAUAUAACCACCUUUAUCUCUUCCAUCUGAUCACCAUGGCACAUAUGCUUCAGAUACUCCUUACAACAGAGACAGGUCUGUCUCCAGGGCUCCCGCUUGUUGAGGGUGAAGAGGACAGUGAGGAGGCUCGCUGUGCAUCUGCUCUCUUUGUGGAAGUCUCACAGCACACAGAUGGUCUCAUUGGGCGUGGCGCUCCCGGCUGGUACCUGUGGCUCUCCCUGAGGACCGGCAUCACCCCUUACCUCCGCUGUGCGGCGCUGCUCUUCCACUAUUUACUUGGGGUAACUCCGCCUGAAGAACUGUUUGCUAAUUCUGGUGAAGGAGAAUUCAGUGCACUCUGUAGCUAUCUAUCUUUACCCACAAAUUUGUUCCUGCUUUUCCAGGAAUAUUGGGAUACCAUAAGGCCCUUACUACAGAGGUGGUGUGGAGAUCCUGCCUUACUCAACUCCUUGAAGCGGAAAAGUGCUGUGGUCAGGUACCCUAGAAAAAGAAAUAGUUUGAUAGAGCUUCCUGAUGACUACAGCUGUCUUCUAAAUCAAGCUUCUCACUUUAGGUGUCCACGGUCUGCAGAUGAUGAGCGAAAGCAUCCUGUCCUCUGUCUGUUCUGUGGGGCCAUCCUGUGCUCUCAGAACAUCUGUUGCCAAGAGAUAGUGAAUGGGGAAGAGGUUGGAGCAUGCGUUUUCCAUGCACUUCAUUGUGGUGCUGGAGUCUGCAUCUUCCUAAAAAUCAGAGAAUGCAGAGUGGUCCUGGUGGAAGGAAAAGCCAGAGGCUGUGCCUACCCAGCUCCUUACUUGGAUGAAUAUGGAGAAACAGACCCAGGGCUAAAGAGGGGAAACCCACUUCAUUUAUCUCGGGAGCGGUAUCGGAAGCUGCAUUUGGUCUGGCAACAGCACUGCAUUAUAGAAGAGAUCGCUCGGAGCCAGGAGACUAAUCAGAUGCUAUUUGGAUUCAACUGGCAGUUACUCUGAGCUCCAGCUCUGCCUCAAGACAAUCAUGAGUGACAUCAAUAAUAAAGACUGAUCUAAAAUUCUAGAGAAAUUUCUGAGGAUGGGGAAGUAUCGGAGGGUCUUUUGAUCUAUGUCCAGAUUCACAUACAUUAAUAAAAUAUUCCUUAAUGGAAUAUUGCUUUCAAUUAUCAAACAUAAGCUUCAAGGGAAAAACAAGACAUAGAUUAAUGUUUCAUGUUCUAGAACACUAAAGAAAUGCUUGUUCACCCAAGUGUCUAUUUCUGCUAAUAUUUCCAGAAAACUCCUUUCCCUUCCUAACUGCCCUAUUUCAUUUCAUAUCAUCUAGUUAAUGAGGUCACAUCAAGUAUUUGUGGACAUUUCUCCAUCUGGUUAAUGUCUUGCACUUUUGUAUUUGGUGUUUCCUGAGUGUAAUUUAGCUUGUGUUAGAUCUCUGACAAGAUGCUGAUCACCUGUGAUUUCUAAAGAGGAAUUGCGUAUCUUUCAACUGAAAAGAUUUCAAAACACAUAGACAACUUUAUUCUUUAAGGAAAUAUCCUUAUUGUACCACCUAUGGUUUCAGCCAGAAACAGAUCUGAAUCUCUUUAUGGACAGAGUGUUAGUUGUGCUAGUCUGGAAAGCAUCCUUUCAAUGUAGACCUCAAGAAGAAGUAGAAGAAUGUACUCAUCAUUAUGCAUUCCUUAUACAAAAGGCCUGUUCUCCUCACCUGGUUCCAGGUAGCUCGGUGGAGUCACAAGUUAUCCAUCUGUUCCAUUUUUUAAGGCAAGUUUCUGUGAUGAGAUUGCUUGUCUCUUGUGGCCCCAUCCUAUUGACUCUCAGAAAACUCUUACUGUUCGGAAGCAAAGUCUUUGUAGAAUGAGAAUCAGAGAAUUGCCCCAGUGGAUGGUCAUACAAGAUGAAAUUAGAACACUCAUAUUUAAGCGAGUUCUGCAACCUUCUAUGGCUUGUAAGAAACAGAUCCCUGAUUUGAUGUCUAUGUGAAACCUUUCAUAAACUACAGUUUAUGAUUUAUAUAAACAGCCAAAAAAAAAAAAAAAGAGGAGGAGGAGGAGAAGCAAUGAGGUCAGUGUCCUGUUAUAACCUGCUAUGGUUGAGCCAUCUUGCUUAUAAAUAAUACAGCUCUCGAGUCUGUGCAUAGACUUCUUGAUUCUUGGCUUUAACAUUUUAUAUCAAGAACUUGUGAGUAGAUCAGUUGAUACUUAUUUUAGCUUCUGUGGUAUUGGGUAAUAUUGCAGUUGAAAGAUGUGUUUGGAGAUUGUAUUUUCUUUUGCCCUUGGCUACUGCUGCCCUAUGUGUGUCUAAGUGUUUUCCUGCCUUCUGUUUAGUGAAGGCAAGGAAGUAAAAAUACAUUUGCUAAGUGAUCAGUGAUGCACAUUUGGGGCUAAAUUUGUUGACAUUUGUGUGGAAUAAAAAGUAGAUUUGCAGUAAGGGAUUGGUGUGAGCAGGCACCAGACCCACAAUCAUGAUUUCCUACUUGGAUAAAUACUAUUGAAAAGAAAGCAGGAACUAGAUGCAACUAUAAUGAACAGUUCACAGCAAUUAUAAGAGACAAAGAUCAGUAAAUUCAGUGUUUGGCUUGUGCCAUUUGCCAAUAUUAUUAAGUAAGUGAUUUGAACAUUGCUCUUUAUUUUUUUUCUAUAAUUUGUUGAGAGAUUGUUUAGCUCCGAAAUCUGGGCUAGAAGAGGCAACAGAAGAUGCUCAUUUCUGCCUUAGUCAUCUGGCCCCCAUUUGCCAAGGAUAAAGACUUUAUUUUUAGCCUUCUUAGAUUCAAUUUGUAAACCCUAGAGCUAAGCUUUCAAGCUGCCAGAAGGACUAGCUAGCACUAGCCAAAGAACCUAAUUCAUCACUGAGUUCUGCUUCUUGAGAUGGAAGUUUCUGCACUGGAGAUGGACUUAGGCCACUGUACUGCCCCAGCCCAAGGGAUUUUUAAUAGUAUUCAUCAUGACAAACGAUUUAAGUCUGCUAAGAAGUUUACUUAAGCAACCAAGUCACUUUAUUUAGUGUAGUAUGUGAAAGAAUUGGUUUAGUAGAAUGGCUCUGACUCUGUGUUUUUAACAUUGGUGAGGGGUUGGCGAGGAUUUUAAUGAUACAGUAAAGAUAAACAUAUAUCUGUAUAAUUAAUUUAUAUUAGUGUAUGGGCUGUGAGUUCACCUUUUAGUGGUCAUUUGUCAUUUCAUAACAACUAUGCAUUUUGGUUCACUGUGAUGAUAAUGAUCUAUAUUUAGUGACUGCAACAUGUUUAUACCACUGAUUCAAAUUCCAUUCAUGAUGAAGUUAUACAAAUGAUGCAUAUAUUGAUAUCUUUUAUUGCAAAAAUGUAAAUUAAAAACUUGUAUAAUGUU